AAGUCUCCUCUCCUCUAGUCCUCUGCCACACUCUUGCUCAAACUCUGCCCUCAUCUCCACGGAUCACUAUGAAUCGGUGCUUCCCUUCAGCUCUCAACCUUUCACCGACUCACCAUGUCGUCUCUCAGUCGGUCACUCUCUCGAUCGGUCUCUCCAGCCAGUCUCUAACUCUCAACCUCGCCGUCACUACAACCCCUUGCCCCUACUGCCUUGCAACGCUCACUGCUCACCUCCAGCUGAGCUCCAAGGCUGCUGUUGGGUCAUCUCAGCCCGCCUCUCACCGUGGCAUCGUGUCUCGGCCCAUCACUGCAAGUCAGCAAUGCUCCUCACUCACCACCGCUCACCUCCAGCUUGUUUUAAAAGAGUGAUCUUGAUCAUCUUUGUUUGCUAUAUAGGAUUCUGUAAAAUUGCUAUUUUCUUUUGGAAUUUUGAUUAAUAAGCAGUGAAUGAUGGG